AUAAAUUGUUUACUAUUGGAGAUAUUGAAGUGUUAUCGCAAGUGUUAUGCUAAAAUAUUAACGUGCAAUUUUUUUUACAGAAAUUUUUAAACUUUAAAAAAUAUGGGUGAUGGAAUUUCAGAAAUUUUUAAUUCUUUUCAGGACUAUUUAAAUAACGAAGAAGAAUUGCGAGAGGAAAUCCGUGCUAUUGUAAAAAAUCUUGAAAAAAGUGCCAGAGAUAUUCUGAUGAUAUUGCAAAAUAUUCAUAAUGAAAAUAACAUGGAAGAAAACAUAAUUGUAUCUCAAUAUUGUGCAACAUCAAGAGAAUUAUUUAAAGAUGUACGUAAAAACUAUAUAAGACUUGCAGAAGUUGUACCAAGAGAUCAAUAUUAUAGAUUUCAUGAUCAAUGGCGUUUUGUUACACAAAAAUUAUGUUUCUUAGCUUCCUUAAUAAUAUAUUUAGAAAUUAAAGUUUUGGUUACCAAAGAAACUGUUGCAGAAAUAUUAGGAGUUAAAAAUAAUAGAGAAGAUGGUUUUCAUUUGGAUUUAGAAGAUUACUUAAUGGGUUUACUACAAUUGUCUGCUGAAUUGAGUCGUUUUGCUGUAAAUAGUGUUACUAAUGGUGAUUAUAAUCGACCUAUAGAAAUAGCACGUUUUGUAAAUGAUUUAAAUGCAGGUUUUAGACUUUUAAAUUUAAAAAAUGAUUCUCUACGAAAACGUUUUGAUGGCCUAAAAUAUGCUGUUAAAAAAGUGGAAGAAGUAGUUUAUGAUCUUACAAUACGAGGUUUGAAACCAUUUUCAAGUCCAGUUGUUCAAGAAACAGAAUAAUUAUUUUUUCAAAAAAUAUUUUUUAAUAAUAAUAUAUAUUAUAAUAUAUAUUAUAAUAAAUUAUUAAAAUAGUUAUUUUAUAAAUCAUAAAAUUAUGUUUAAUAAGUUUAGUUAAGUUUAUAUUGUAUUAAAAGUAUUCAAAACUUUGAUAGAAAAUUUCUACAUAUUAUUAAACUAUUUAUAUUUAAUAACCUUCUACUAAAUUUACUUUAUUCAACAAUGUUUCACCUUUGAUAUAUUUCUCAUAAUUUUGAAUAAAAAAUUUCACAACAUC